UACGACGGCAACUGCUACCUGUUUGAAAACCAACUCAUGGACAUGGACGGUCAUUUUAACAACUGUCUCGUUCAAGACAGUCAGCUGGUGUCUGUGGGAGAUGCGGAGGAGUGGCAAUUUCUGUCGGAUGUUCUCAGUGGUGAGUGCAUCAAAAUGGUGGUCUUUUCAUUCAACUGUGGAAUUUUUCUGUCAGAUGAUCUCUAUGGUGAGUGCAUCAAAAUGGUGGUCUUUUCAUUCAAACGUGGAAAAUCUGUCAGACGUUAUCUAUGGUCUUUUCAUUCAAACGUUCUGUCUGAUGACCUCUAUAGUAAGUAAGGGCACCAAACUCAUGGUGAUCUUUUCAUUCCAGCGAGUGUAAAUUUUUUUUUUUUGGUCGGAAGUUCUCAAACAAACUCAAAUGCUUAAGUCCCCGGUGUUCUUCGUCUAUGAAUCAAAGGUUCGAAUAUGCGAAGAAUAUGUUAAGAUCAACCUGCUGAUGUAUCUCUUGACCCUGAAACUAUGGGAGUCGCAGUGGAGGUCCUAAGGUUCGGAAGGAAAACUCCUACCACGAGAGCUUACCAAGAAAGACUCUAUAAUAUUAUGUCUUCAAGGGCGUAGGGUAGAGAUUAAACUACGCCCCUACUUAUGUUGACAAUCAUUCGAAGUUAAAAAUUUAGAAAAAUUGAAAUAAAUUCCAUUUAAAAACUUAAAAUUUUGUGAUAAAGCUAUUGUAAAAUCUUAAAGUUUCUUAUCUAAAAAAUGAACAUUUUGUCCUGUUUGAAUGUUUCUUAUCUAAAAAAAUGAACAUUUUGUCCUGUUUGAAUGUUUCUUAUCUUAAAAAAUGAACAUUUUGUCCUGUUUGAAUGUUUCUUAUCUAAAAAAUGAACAUUUUGUCCUGUUUUAAUGUUUCUUACCAAGUAAUGAAAAUCCAAGAAACCAGCAAAUUCUACAUUGGGCUGUACGACAUACAGCUUACUUUCUCUUACAUGUGGACUGACGAAACAGCUGUUACAUUCAGGUUAGUUACAUGCUACUGUUUGUUACAGAUACUUAAUUGAUACAUCAAAUGUUUGUUGCAAACAAUAUUUUUACAACACAAUUUGUUACAUUAGAGACAUGUUACAGUUAAAAUGUGUUACAUUUAACAUUUGUAACAGUUAAUAUUUGUUACAUUUAAAAAACAUUUGUUACAUUUAAUAUUUGUAAUAGUCAAAAUUUGUUACAUUUAUAAAUGUCAAAAUUACUAUUUGUUACAGUCAAUAUUUGUUACAGUUACUAUUUGUUAAAGUUACUAUUUGUUACGUUUAAUAUUUGUUACAUUCAAUAUUUUUGUAACAGUCAAUAUUUGUUACAUUUAAUUUAAUGCUGGCUACAGUUAAAUUGGUUACAAUUAAUAUUUGUUACAUUGAAUAUUUGACACAGCAUGCAUUAGUUAAAAUUUGGUACAGUUAAUAUUGUUGCAGUUAAUAUGUGUUAUAGUUAAUAUGUGUUACAGUUAAUAGUGAUUACAGUUAACAUUUGAUACAGUUAACAUUUGUUACAGUUAACAUUUGUAACAGUUAAGUAUUUUUUCAGGUAAAAUGCCCUUAAAACGUGUAAAAAAACGUGUAUAGUUACGUUAUCAAAUGACUUAGCAAUGUGCCCAUUGGACAUUAUACGUGACAUAUUUUUUUUUAAAGCUAAUCAACUGUCACAUCGUCUGACACAUCGUCUGACACAUAGUCUGAAACAUCGUCUGACACAUCGACUGACACGUCGACUGACACAGCGACUGACACAUCGUCUGACACACAGUCUGAAACAUCGUCUGACACAUCGACUGACACGUCGACUGACACAGCGACUGACACAUCGUCUGACGCAGUGACUGGCACAUCCAACAUGGCAACCAAAUAAUACACGUCUUGUUCACAUGUCAUUUGAUUCUGCUUUUGUUUAAAUCCUUUUGCCCUACUCACGAUUAAAUUCUUCAUAAAGGCAAUUGAAAAGAUAGCAGAAUUUUAUUGACCAAGGAAAGUAGGGGAAAAUUUUUUUAAUGUGCUACGACCAAUCUUCCUUUCCCUCCACCUUUCUUUUCACCGUUCCCUCCACUUUUCCCUCCACCUUUCUUUUCAACUUUCCCUCCACCUUUCUUUUCAAACUUCCCUCUACCUUUCUUUUCAACUUUCCCUCCACCUUUGUUUUCAACCGCCCCCCCCCCACCUUUCGUUCCACCUUUCGUUCCACCUUUCAUUCCACCCUCGCCUCCACCUUUCGUCCCAACUCUCGUUCCACCUCCCCCUCCACCUUUCCUUCCACUUUUCCCUCCACCUUUCCCUCCACGUUACCUUCCAUAUUUGAUGUGAUCAAAAUAUUGUUUUCUUUUUUUUGUUUUUCCAGAAGGUUCGCUAAGGAUUACCCCUCAGGGAUCACCAAUCGCUGUGUGGUUUUUGAGGCUGGGUCUAUGAAGAAUAUUGAUUGUGCGACAUACGUAGG